GCCGUAGUCCGGGCGUGCGCAGUGCCGGGCGCGGGGCGCGCUGGGAGCGGCGGAGGGGCGGGGGCGGUGCCGGUGCCGGGAGCGGUGAACGGAGCGGGAACGGAGCACGGAGCAGAGCGGAGAGUGGAUCGGCACGGCAUGGCGACAGGCACCGGCGGGACGGCAGCGGGAGCCUCAACCACGGCGGCGGCGACGGGAGAACCGGCACACGCGGUGUCGCUGCUGCGGGGUCUGAGCGCGCUGCGGGCCGAGCGGAGCCUGCUGGACGUGACGGUGGUGGCCGGCGGGCGAGAGUUCGGGGCUCACCGCGCCGUUCUGGCCGCAGCCUCGGGAUAUUUCCGCGCCAUGUUCGGCGGGGCCCUGCGCGAGUCGCGGGCCGAGCGUGUGCGGCUGCACGGCGUCGAGCCCGAGUGCCUGGGGCGGCUGCUCGACUUCGCCUACACCGGCCGCGUGGGGCGGCUGGGCCCCGACAUCGCCGAGCGCCUGCUGCGCGCCGCCGACCUGCUGCAGUUCCCCGCUGUCAAGGAGGCCUGCGGUGCCUGGCUGGCGCGGCAGCUGGAGCCCGCCAACGCCCUGGACAUGCAGGACUUCGCGGAGGCCUUUGCCUGCCCGGAGCUGGCAGCUGCCGCCCACCGCUUCGUGCUGCGGCACGUAGGCGAGCUGGGCGCCCAGCUGGAGCGGCUGCCGCUGCCGCGCCUCCUCUCCUACCUGCGGGACGAUGGGCUCUGCAUCCCCAAGGAGGAGGCUGCCUUUCAGCUGGCCCUGCGCUGGGUGCGCGCUGACCCCGCCACCCGUGCCCCGCUGCUGCCACAGCUCCUGGCCCACGUCCGCCUGCCCUUUGUGCGCCGCUUCUACCUGCUGGCUCACGUGGAGAGCGAGCCGCUGGUGGCCCGCUGCCCUCCCUGCCUGCGCCUUCUGCGUGAGGCCCGCGACUUCCAGGCUGCCCGCCUCGACCGCCACGACCGGGGGCCCUGUGCCCGCAUGCGCCCCCGGCCCUCCACUGGCCUCGCCGAGAUCCUUGUCCUCGUUGGUGGCUGUGACCGUGACUGUGAUGAGCUUGUCACCGUCGACUGCUACAACCCACGCACUGGCCACUGGCGCUACCUGGCUGAGUUCCCCGAGCACCUGGGAGGGGGCUACAGUGUCGCUGCACUGGGCAACGACAUCUAUGUCACUGGGGGCUCGGACGGGUCCAGGCUGUACGACUGUGUCUGGAGGUACAAUUCCAGCGUGAACGAGUGGACAGAGGUGUCGCCCAUGCUGAAAGCCAGGGAAUACCACAGCUCCACGGUCCUGGACGGGCUGCUCUACGUGGUUGCCUCUGACAGCACGGAGCGCUAUGACCACACCCUGGACAGCUGGGAGGCCCUGCAGCCCAUGCUGUAUCCCAUGGACAACUGCUCCACCACCUCGUGCCGUGGGAAACUCUUUGCCAUCGGCUCCCUGGCUGGCAAAGAGUCCAUGGUCAUGCAGUGCUAUGACCCUGACAGUGAUCUCUGGUCCCUUGUCAACUGUGGCCACCUGCCCCCCUGGUCCUUUGCCCCGAAGACUGUCACGCUCAACGGUCUCAUGUACUUCAUACGAGAUGACUCGGCUGAAGUGGAUGUUUACAAUCCAUCAAAGAACGAAUGGGAUAAAAUCCCUGCUAUGCUUCAGGUUCAUGUUGGGGGGAGCGUGGCUGUGCUCGGUGGGAAGCUCUAUGUCUCGGGAGGCUACGAUAACUUGUUUGAGCUCUCGGACGUCCUGGAAGCCUACGACCCCGAGACACGAACGUGGAGUGUCGUGGGCCAGCUCCCUGAGCCCAUCUUCUGGCACAGCAGCGUCAGCAUAUUCCGGCAGUUCAUGCCAGAAACCACACAGGAGGACGACAGCAUCACGCUGGACAACACCAUCAGCUUGAGCAGGCAGAACCAAAACCUUCACAACCAGAACCUCAAUGAGCUGCCUUAGCACAGGAAGCGGCUUGACAGAGUCCCUCAUCUGGAACCUGGGCUGCUUUAAGGCUGAGGCAAACCAGUGCUUGGAAACAAAACCAUGCUGUUCACAGAGGGAGCAAGAACUCUGGCUGUUGGAUGUGAUGCUGUGGGCCUGCGGGCAGCGAGGCCUCCACUGCUUCCCUCAGCCCUUCAGGGUGGGAGACGGCGCCGCGCUGCCCACAGGGACCCGAGAGCUGAUCCUGGGGAAAGCACUCGUGGUGAACCACGCCACAGCACCGCUGCUUACGGCUUGUGACACCUUUCACUGGGAGCUCCUUCACCCUGUAAUGCUUCAUUUGGCCACCAAACUCCUUCCCUCAUUUUCGGUCUUGGGAGGGGUCUGUCUGUCUGUCUGGUAGGGCAGUGAUCUGGACACCCCCCCGUAUUCUGUGCCUCAGAGGAAGAUAGGCUUCCCGUGCACGUGUUGGAUUGAAAGGUAGUUAUUUUAGGGGUUUUUUUCUUCUUUUUAUUUGGGGUUUGCAGUUUUAUUUUGGCCUGUGUAAGAUUUGCCUUUAUACUUGCCCAAGUGCCCUGGCCAGGUGGGCUGUUAAUCUACCUUUGCUGAAGAGCAGCUGCGUGCAGUUUACUUGUGGAAUGUUUUUGGAAGAAAGCAAAUGGCUGAACCUGAAGCAUGGCUCCCUGAGUGCAAGUGCUGCACCUUCUGGAGAACCCUGAAGUGUGGCAGAAGCUAAGGUGUGGCUGGAUGCAUUUGCUUUUUUGGUCUUUAAAUUUUACCUAAUAGAGGAAAAACUUGCAUUUAAACUGAACUCAGAGAUGGAAACCCCGUGUACUCGAUCUCUCUCCUCCAGGCUUGCCCCUGGAUUGGGGAGCAUCUGAGCCUCAUUUCCACAGCAUCAGCAUCUUCACAGCUUUACAGAAACGUGUUUUGCCCCAGUGCUGUCUGAUGCUGCUGCACCCCUCAGCCACGGGGAGCCUGGAACACUGACAGUGCCUUGAGAGCGCCGCGUGCCAGCGGGGAACGCGCAGGGCCCGGCGCGGCUGCCCCUUGGUGUCAAACCCGUGGACAGAGUAGGGGACGCAGGGGCCCACAGUUCGGGGCAGCUGCUGCUUUUUUUGGGAGCAAUGGCCAAUUCCCGACGGCGCCGCGGCUCGAGGCAUUUCUGCUGAGCUAUAAAUAACGCGCCGCGGCGCACGCGGCCGUGCUCGCUGCUGGACCCCCGUCCCACCCGCUGAGCAGCUACAGCUCUGUAUUUAUUUUUUGUAGAAUUCAUUGUGUUGAAUCCUCAAGUACAGUUGAACUCCAUCCUUUGAAACAAAGGCAUUUUACAUUUGCAGAUAAUGUAUUUUUAUUCUCAUAGUUUGUUUUUAAAUUUACUUGCAGCAGUCAAGUUAAAUAAAACUUGUUACACAA